CCGUCAGUCAGUCAGUUUGUCAGUGGCAAAGUGCAAUCAGUGGCCGAGCGUACGGACGUCAGCCUGUUUUUUCCAGCAGCCCUUGUGGAACUCCUUUGUGGGGAGAGACUGUACAAUCCUCGGCAGUGCUCCGAGAUUGUACGGCUCUGCCCGGGUCCACAAGCGAGUGUCCGUCCGUCCGUCGAACUGCUGCCGCCCGACUCACCUUCACUCUUCAGCCUGCAAUCCCCACGCACUUUGUGUUCGUGCCUUGAAGUUUGUUUGUUUGUUUGUUUGUUUGUUUGUUUGUUUGUUUGUUUGUUUGUUUGUUUUGUUUUGUUUUUGUUUGGUUGGACACUCGGGCGCAAUUGUUGUCGUUACUAAGAUGACAGCAGACAAGGAGAAGAAGAGGAGCAGCUCGGAGCGUCGUAAGGAGAAGUCUCGUGACGCCGCUCGCUGCCGCCGCAGUAAAGAAACGGAAGUCUUCUACGAGCUGGCUCACCAGCUCCCGCUGCCGCACAGCGUCGGCGCUCACCUGGACAAAGCAUCCAUCAUGAGGCUCGCCAUCAGCUUUCUGCGCACGCGACAACUCUUUGCCACAGGCUGCAAUGGCAGCGAUGACGAACAGAUGAGCAGCUUGUACCUCAAGUCUCUGGAGGGCUUCAUCACCGUGGUAACGUCGGACGGCGACAUGAUCUUCCUGUCGGAGAACAUCAACAAGUUUGUGGGCCUCACGCAGGUGGAGUUGACUGGCCAAAGCAUCUUUGACUUUACGCACCCGUGUGACCACGAGGAGAUCAGGGAGAACCUCAGCCUGAAGACAAGCGGCAGCGUCUUCGGGAAGCAGAGCAAAGAGCAAAGCACCGAGCGAGAUUUCUUUAUGCGGAUGAAAUGCACAGUGACCAACAGGGGGCGCACCGUCAACCUCAAGUCGGCCAGCUGGAAGGUGCUGCACUGCACAGGCCAGCUGAAGAUGUACACGGGCGCCCCGCAGCGUCCGGCGUGCGCAUUCAAGGAGCCGGCACUCACCUGCACUCUUCUCAUGUGCCGACCCGUCCCGCAUCCGGCCAACAUGGAGGCACCGCUCGACAGCAGGACCUUCCUGAGCCGACACGGCAUGGACAUGAAGUUCACCUACUGCGACGACAGGGUAACCGAGUUAAUGGGGUACUCCCCCAAUGAUCUGCUGGGUCGCUCCGUCUACGACUUCUAUCACGCUCUGGACUCAGACAGCGUCAGCAAGAGCCACCACAACUUAUGCAGCAAAGGGCAGGCUGUGAGCAGCCGGUACCGCAUGCUGGCCAAGAGCGGCGGCUUUGUGUGGGUGGAGACGCAGGGCACCGUCAUCUACAACGGCCGAAACACGCAACCCCAGUGUAUCGUCUGCAUCAACUACGUGCUCAGUGACAUUGAGGAAAAGAGCACCAUCUUCUCCCUGGAGCAGACAGAGUCCCUGUUCAAGCCCCGACAGGCCGGCGGCUUCUUCACGGGGGAGACCGGCGGCGAGGCGGGCGAGGCGCUCUUCGGCAAGCUCAAAGAGGAACCCGAGGACCUGACCCAGCUGGCGCCCACGCCCGGAGACACCAUCAUCAGCCUCGAUUUCGGCCACCCUCAAUUCGAGGAGCCGUCCCAGCGUACAUCAGUGGCGUACAGCAAGCUCCCCCCAGCCUCUGCGCCCAUCCCGGGGCCUUCAUCCUGGGCCGCCGAGACCCUAACCCCGCUUCCACCGGCUAGCGACGCGUCCAAGGUGGGCACCACGUUCACGGUCCAGCAGACGCCACCUCCCUGCAGCGCCACUCCGAGCCUGAGCAGCUGCUCCACGCCCAGCAGCCCCGGCGACUACUACAGCACUACCGACGGAGACCUGAAGGUAGAGCUCACGGAGAGGCUCUUCGCUUUGGACACCGCCGAGUGUGACGGUGCCACAAACGCUGAGAGGGAUUUGAGCGACUUUGACCUGGAGACGUUGGCUCCGUACAUCCCCAUGGACGGAGAGGACUUCGAGCUUAGUCCCAUCAUCCCUGAGGCCGAGCCCCUGGAGAAGGGCGACGCCACUUUCCCCCCCUCCCAGCAGCAGAGUUUCAGCAACAUUGCCAGCCUCUUCCAGCCCCUCUCCCCGCCCCCCCAUCGGCAAGGCCGCUACCGUCCGCCGCCCGCCACUGCCUGGGCUCCGGGCGAGGGGCGCACCCCCGGGCUGGGGGCUCUGGACCCAAGGGCCGGGAGGUCGUACAUGAUGGGCCGCGUGCAGAACCCGCCCUACCGAGCCCCCGCUAGCACCCCUCUGUCCUCGAUGGGGGGCAUUCAGAACCUGCAGUGGCCCCCGGACCCGCUGUUGACAUACGGGCAACAGGCUGCCGGUGAGGCCUACGCGACAGUCGAGCGGCGGUGGCCGCCUUGCCCGCAGGACCUGCUGCGCAGCGUCAUGAGCAAAGAAAGGUGCUCUAAGGACUUUGUCCGCAAUAACAGAGACAUGAGUCCAGCCAGCAGCAUCAAGCGCUCCUUCAGUCAAAUGUCGGGCGAUAUCAAGACAUCAGAAAGCAUCUGGAAAAAGAUGAGAGGCGAGCUGGGAAGUGGAGCGCCGUCUGUGCCUGAGCUUGGGCUGGGCAAGAUGUUGCCUGGCAACAGGACUCCGCACUGCAACAUUUCGCAGCAGAGCUGGAAGUCUGACUUCCCGGGAAACAUGACAGGUGCGGCCGGUCGCCUGCUGUGCCCGUCAGCCGAGCGCACCUUCCUACCCGAGUUGACCCGCUUUGACUGCGAGGUCAACGUGCCACUGCCGGGCAACCUGCACCUCCUCCAAGGCUGCGACCUGCUGCGAGCCUUGGACCAGGCCACCUAGAAGUCGGCCGGUGGAGCUCCGCGGGGACUCUUGGCCCGGCCCGACCGCCGCCUUCGUGCUAGGCUAACUCAUCAGAGCAUUCGGCCAUCUUUAUAGUUGUCCAGUUGGGACGCUGUAAAACGCGACCCGUGGCCAUUCCGUCCAUCCGUCUGUCCUUGCUGGACUUAAAGCCCAUCGUCCUUACGCGAGAGAUGCCGCACAAGCCUACUCGCAUUUUUAGGACCACUUUGUAAAAAACUUGAGCCAGAAUUGCGAUGAAAAAAAAAAGAUGGCAAGCAAAGCCAAGUCUGGAAAAUACUUGCUCAAAACAUUUCAGGUCUCAAUCAAUCUCAACGCAAAUUGAGCCAAAAUGUCAACGUGAUAAAAAGAAAAGGCUUUAUUCUCGAGCUGCAACUAAAGAUUACUUUAAUAAUUGAUGAAUGCGUUGGGAGCUUCUCUCAAUUCAGUAAUUGGAAUUUUGAAAACAUUGAAAACAGGAAAUGCAGACAACAAUGGAUUGGCAAUCACUUGCUGGCUUGGUCUGCAGGAGCCGGCCAUCCAGCUAGCUAGCCAGCCGGCCAGCCAGGAUCUGACCGCCUUUUUCACACUAGGGUUGCAGCUGCUCUGUAACAUGAGAAAAUGGGCGCAAAUGUGCGGUUUUGAUUCAACAAAGAGAAGCGGCCUUACUUCAUGCUAGACUACCCAAAUUGGAGAAUAUUUACUGACGCUUCCAGAAUUUCUUUUUUUCAACAAUUUCCCCCAAUUAGCAAAAUUGAUGAUGAUUCCAAUUUUGCAUCGCAAACAGUUUUUUUUUUUUUUUUGCUGUAAAUUUCAAAAAAAAGUUUUAGUCCGACAAAGAAUCCACUCGUUUAAUUGUUUUUUCAAGUGUCACGCAGUACUCGAACUUUGAUAUGCUCCACUUGUAUUGUUUUUGCGUAACCAACCACAAGGUUUGGACUUUUUCUUGUAACAGUCUUUGUCGUGCGCUGGUCAUGUCACGAUGCGAAGGCUUGGCUUGGCUUGGCUUGGCUUGGCUUGGCUUGGCUUGGCUUGGCUUGGCUUGGCCCGGCCCGGCCCGGCCUGGCCUGGCGUAGCUAAUUGCCACAGGAGGAUCACAGCCACAUUGGGGGACAAAAAAAAUCAUACAAUUGCAUGUAACAGCAUCAUUACUCUUUCGGAAGAAAAAAGGUCUUCUUUGUUGCCAAAAUGCAUGUAUUGUUCAAAGAGCACAUUUGCACCAUGUAACAGUUUUCUCUCUUUAUUCUUAUAAAAAUAAUGCUAUAUUAUUCUAAUAUUUUUGUCUGUAUAAGUUAACAAUUUAUUCUCACUCUAUAAUCAUCCUAUUAUAAUUUCAUUUGUUAACUUUCCCCCCUCAUAUCUUUUAUUCUCCAGUAGUACAAAUUCAAGAUGAAAUGAAGGUCCUUCUUUCCUUUAAAAUGACAUCUUCAAAUGACUAGCCGGUAUUUAUUUCAAAAUUACAGCUCAAGUGAUGUCAAGUUUGACCUUUCAGUAAACUGUUGAAGACUUGCCACUUUUUAAGGACAAUAACUUUUUUUUAAUUCUAUUCCAAACUUAAUGCUCUUAAUAUGAAAGUGUUGCGCUUAAAAUUGCACAUAAUAGUAAUAUAUUUUGAUUUAAUUCUUGUGUGAUUCCCACUUUGGUCUCGUAAAACAAAUAAUUGAUUUUUGUCAUAUUUGAUUCUUGUAAAAUUCAGAAAUAUCAUUUUUUCAUAAACAUUUUUUUGUUUCCUCCAUUGUCCUGAAAUUGGAUCUUGAUUUCGGUAAACUGGAAACUGCCACGAUGAGUUUAUUCUCGAUAAAUCAGAGUGUGUUUUCUCGUAAAAUGGCAACGUUACGAUUGAAAUAUUUUGACUUUAUGAGAGUAAUAUGGCAAGUUAUUUCAUGUGCAAGACUCGUGAAUUUUUUUUUUCUCCCUCUUCCCCGUUUAUUGUGUUUUCCCCUUGUCAAAUUCCAACUUGAUCGUAUUUUGCCUUGGAGUGCCAAUUUGGAAAGUGACCAAAUUAUUCUGAUUUUGAUCGGUUAAAAUCUGACCUUUUAUCUGGUGACUGCAACUUUAUGUUCAUGAUGUCAGUAUUUUGACCCGGUUGAGUUCUUUUAUUUGUGAUUCUGAGACUUUGAAAUGUUUUUUGUUUUGUUUCAGCUUUAUUAUUGUGCCGUUUGUACUGAUAAUGUUUUUGUUGUUGUUUGCCGUUCGAUGUGGCCCUAAUCCUCCUUGGUAAGGGUGGGGGUGGGUGGGGAAGUGUCAUUCCGACCGGCGCCGCUGGACAACGAGAUACUUCCUUUUUCCUCUGCUCUUUUUAAAAGGGGUUAAAGUCAACCCUGCCCCAGACAUGUUGAUCAAAAGUUUCUCAUUCCCAGUCAAUUUAUGUAUGCAUCUGCAGAAUGCUCCGUAAACACCUCUGGCCAAAUGAUGUCACAACUCGAGCUAUGCACGCGUGCCCGGCGUACAUUUGGAAUGUUGACAGUGGACUCGUAGUGUCCAUGUCUCCCGGUACGUGGUCCUCGCCACCACUGCUGCGCUUGGCUGGCCAGUAGCUGUCCGUCCUUCCUUCCUUCCUUCCUUCCUUCUUUCCUUCCUUCCCUCCGUCUUUCCUUCCUUCCCUGCCUUUCUGCCUUUCUGCCUUCCUACCUUACUUACAUACUUCCUUCCUGUUUGGGCUUUACAGAGAAAGAUUAAAAGUUGUUUUCACGUCUGCGAUAUGUAGCAUUUUUGAUAUUGUACAGCAGCCAUCGUGGUUUCCCGCCGAGUGUUUUAAGGCCGGCACGAGUGUAGAAUGCGACACGCUGCGUUUGAUUUGAAUUUGUAGCAAUGAGCAUUUAGUGCUCGUUGCGUCGUCAUGCUGAUAUUUUGCCAAAGCUUCGUUUGGUUUCUGCCCAAAUGUGCCUUAGCCUCAUCCAGCCCUUCAUUUUGUGCCUUCUAUCGAGAAGACAUUCUCGCCCACAUGGGGUAAUCCCGACUGGAACUCGUCCCGUGCAUUCUAAUCGGACUCCACUCAACCCCCGAUUACGAACGCCACCGGAAGUGUCGCGCAUGCCACCUAUCAAAAGACCUCAGAGCCCUUCAUGGGGCCAUGCUGACCCAUUUUGACUCUUGUGAGCACACGACAGAGUUCUUUUGAGAACCCACCUUUGUAAAAAGCGGGCAGUUGCCACGAGAACCAACAUUGACUCAAAAGACUGAUUAGAAGCACCAGGUGUUGAUGGCUCAGACUAGGUAGUUAAGGUAGUUAUUGUUUAGUUUGUUUUUGUUUGCCAAUCAAAGCCCUGACGGUCUGUCAAUCCAAGUGAAGCUCCUCGCAGGUUUGAAGUAGAACUUUAUUGUAUUGUAGGCAAAAUGCUCAAAGGUGUCAACGGGGGAUUUUGUAUUCGAAAAUUGGGAUUGGUAAACAACGUUUCUGUAAUGAUUUGACAUUACGCUAGUCGGCGUCAGCCGAACUGUAUAAACGUAUGUGGUUGGUGAAUGUAAGCGGCCGUAGCGUAAGACUUGGUUCGGCCGCUUUGAAAAAAGUAAAGGAAAGAAGUGUCCCUCUGGGGACGCUUAGGCCGGCGGAAGCAACGCUCACGUUGUCACCAGCGUUAGCAUUGAACGUGGCAGCGCCGUUCCACAUUGGUUCCAUUGUGAAGUAGGAGGUCCCUGAAUGUUUGGGCGUGGGAAGACGAUAUCAGCAUGUUGUGCAUUUAUGUGUCGAGAAACAGGGUUUUAGUUUUUCACUUUGGGAUCCGCUUUCAACUUUUAUUUAGUUGACUGAGCCCAUUCUGCUUUUUGCUAGAAAUGCUAUCAUGCUACACAUGACAUUGUACUCGCAGCAUCUCGUCAUUGUUAUUACGGCGAAUGGAACCCGCUCAAAAGUUACUUUUCUGCACUGAUACGUGAUCUCAUUAUUAAAGCAUAUUCUUGACCUGA